AUGGUCGGAGACAUGGACUCAAAGAACGUCGGAAAGGCUAGAGUGAUGAGUUACGAAGAUCUCCAAAAGGCACGAAUGGAUAGAGCCGUGAAGGAAGCCGAGAAAGAGGCAAGGAAGUCUAGGAAUGUGACCUCGAACGUCGAAGACUCCGGUGUCAAGCCGACGGUGAAGGCGGCUGAGGCCGACCCAAUGUAA